AUGAAGUAUCUUAAUAUUGUUGGUGGCGGAGCAGGACACAUUAAUUCUAUUCUGCAAUCCAUGGUCCACCAUGAAAAGCAGUUGAUGCACUUUGGAAAAACGAUUGAGGUCAAUAAGUUGUUCAAACAAGUAUUGAAAGUCAACGUUCGCUGGGAACAAUUCCACAAGAGGAUCGCAAGGGUAGCUGGAGGGAUGCUUUUGACAAAUCUUGCAGUUACGACUUACAUUCUUGUGAUAAUCUUACACAACAAAGUCUUCAGCUACGUACAUUACUGGCUCUUAUACAGGCUUCUAAGCAAUCUUUGUUCUUUGCGUUACUUCGAGACUUACGUAGUUAUCAGUGCUUCUAAAUGGAUGUUCGACCAGCUUAACGAGUGCCUACAGGAGGUUAGCUUCCUCGCCAAAAGAGAUACUGGCGCGAAUGAACUAAAGAAUCGAAAAUUCGGAUUGUAUCUUAUGGAGAUGAACUACCAAAAACCCAACCACCAACAAAACGUUUAUUUAAAGUUCAAAAUAUUCCGAAGUAUCUAUAAUUUGCUCUGGGAAUUAACCAAAAUAUUCAACGAUAUCUUCGGUCUGUCACUGUUAGUGAAUAUCGGGAGUGAUUUUAUAUCUUUUCUGACUUUGACCUACUGGAUGUUGACUGCAAUGACAAGACUUUCGCCUGGACUCAAAGACUUUGCUCUCCUGUUUGCAGGCUUCACAUGUCUAGUCCCAUAUCUACUCAAUCUGAUACUUAUUUGUAGGAUCUGUUAUUUAACCGUUCAAAGUGCAACCAGAACUGGACUCAUGGUGCAUAAAAUUCCACACGAUUCGGCCAAUGAAAGUCAUGUAACACAGAUUGAAGAGUUCUCACUACAACUCCUUCAUCAAAGGAUUGCAUUUAAUGCUUUGGGUUUUUUCAAUAUCGACUUGAACCUACUGUACACAAUUGCUGGAACUACUACGACUUAUUUAAUAAUUCUCAUCCAGUUCUACUUGAAUGCGGAAGCAGAUUAG